AUGUCUGGUAAAGUGCCAGUGCAUAGACUGCCUCCUCUACCAAGGCUGAAAGUGAAGAAACCAAUUAUACAGCAAGAAGCUAAUAAGUGUCUAGUGCUUAUGUCUAACUUACUACAAUGCUGGUCUUCCAACGGUCACAUGAACCCUGUUUGCGAGAACCUAGUCAAAGAGCUUAAAGCUUGUUCUGCUGAUAGUGCUAUGGGUAGAAAUACCAGCGUCCAAAAGAGUAAUAUCAACUAUCACGCUGCAAGACUGUAUGAUAGGGUCUCAGGCAAACCUCACGAUUAG